AUGAGUCUGUUCCGGGCUUUGACGGCCCUUGUCUGGCUGUUCGUGUCGAAGUCUCUGGCGAACAGCAAUGGUCUCACUGAUGCGGUGACGUGGGACAAGUACAGCGUCAUGGUCAGCGACACCCGAACUUAUAUCCUGUCAGCAGAGUUCCACUAUCAACGGACCCCCGUACCUGAACUGUGGCUCGACAUCCUCCAAAAGUUCAAGGCCAACGGCUUCAACACCGUGAGCAUCUACUUCUUCUGGUCUUACCACUCCGCCUCCGAGGGCGUGUACGAUUUUGAGACGGGAGGGAAGAACGUCCAGCGGCUGUUUGACUACUGCAAAGAAGCCGGGCUCUAUGUCAUCGCAAGAGCGGGACCAUACUGUAACGCCGAGACCAAUGGUGGCGGGCUGGCUCUGUGGGGAUCUGAUGGCCGCUUCGGCAAGCUGAGGUCCUCGGACGAACGGUACCACGCCGGAUGGCUUCCCUUCAUCGCACGCAUCGGCAAGAUUAUCGCCGCGAACCAAAUCACCAACGGUGGCCCCGUGAUCCUUAACCAGGUCGAAAACGAGUACCUGGAGACGGUCUACCAGGCGAACCACACCUCGGUCAUCUACAUGGAGCAGCUCAAGAAGGCAUUCCGUGACGCUGGCAUCGUCGUUCCUCUCACCCAUAACGAAAAGGGCAUGCGCUCAAUCUCGUGGUCGACAGACUACAACAACGUCGGCGGCGCCGUCGACAUAUACGGACUCGACAGCUACCCGGGCGGCCUCUCCUGCACAGAUCCCACGGUUGGGUUCAACGUGAAUCGGGGGUACUACCAGUGGCUACGGAAUGCCGCAGUCACGCAGCCGGGAUAUCUGGCCGAGUUCGAGGGUGGAUGGUUUUCGAACUGGGGCAGCCCUACGUUCUACGACGAGUGUGCUUCCGAGCAUGACCCCGCUUUCGCGGACGUCUACUACAAGAACAAUAUUGGCCAGCGAGUUACCCUGCUCAGCAUCUACAUGGCUUACGGGGGAACGAACUGGGGUCACUCCGCCGCUCCUCAAGUUUAUACAAGCUACGACUACAGCGCCCCUCUCCGAGAGACCCGCGAGCAAUGGACCAAGCUCUUCCAGACGAAACUCAUCGGCCUGUUUACUAGAGUCUCGAUCGACCUGCUCAAGGCCGACAUGGUUGGAAACGGAACCGGCUAUGGCCUCUCCUCGACUUCGGCCUUCAGCUGGGUCCUCCGCAACCCUGACACCCAGGCCGGCUUUACGAUUGUGCAGCAGAACAGCACCAACUCCAUGAGCCGCAUACAUUUUGACGUCAAGUUGGCCACAACCGCCGGCUCCGUCACCGUCCCGAACGUUGUGCUCAAUGGACGACAGAGCAAGAUCCUUGUCACAGACUACGCAUUUGGCAAGCACACCCUGCUUUACGCCUCUGCCGAAAUCGCCACGUACGGCAUCUUCGAGACAGAAGUGCUUGUCUUCUACCUGGGAGAGGGCCAGACUGGAGAGUUUGCCUUCAAGGACGAGAGGGACCUCGCUUUCGAGGUCUUUGGCGACGCCGUGCUCGAGGAGGCAACGAACGGCGACCACGCGGCUUUCACAUGGAAGCAGGCCGCUGGUUCGACGGUAAUCAAGUUCUCCAACGGCGUCCUGGUGUAUCUCCUCGAGCAGAAGACGGCAUGGCGUUUCUGGGCUCCGCCUACGACGUCCAACCCGAUCGUCAAGCCCAGCCAGCAGCUUUUCAUCCUCGGCCCGUACCUCGUCAGGAGCGCCAGCAUCUCCCACGGCGUCCUCCACGUCUCGGGCGACAGCGACACAUCGACCACCCUGGAGGCUUACGUCGGCGACAAGCCCAUUGAGACCAUCGAUUGGAACGGCAAGCGCCUGGCCGCCACCAAGACCCCCUACGGCUCCUUCACCGUGCGGAUCCCCGGCGCCGAGGACCGUGCCGUGGCCCUCCCCGAGCUGAAGAACUGGCGCGCCGCCGAAGCCCUACCCGAAGCGGCGCCCGACUACGACGACUCCCGCUGGGUGGUCUGCAACAAGACGGCCACGCCGAGCCCGUACGCCCCCGCCACCCUGCCGGUGCUUUACAGUUCCAACUACGGCUUCUACCCCGGCGCCAAGAUCUACCGCGGCUAUUUUGACGGCGCCAACGCGACGUCUGUCAACAUCACCGCCUCGGGCGGUCUGGCGUUCGGCUGGUCGGCGUGGGUCAACGGGCAGUUCCUCGGUGGCGACGUCGGGUCCGCGUUGGCAACCACCACCGACAAGACGCUCGCUUUCCCCCGGGGUGCGCUUCGCCAGUCGAACAACGUCGUGACGGUGGUUGUCGACUACCACGGACACGACCAGGCGAGUACGGCGCAGGGCAUCAACAACCCGCGCGGCAUACUCGGCGCCCAGCUGCAGCCCGGCAGCACACGCACCAACACGGGCUUCAAGAUGUGGAAGCUCACGGGCGCUGCCGGUGGCGAGACGAACAUCGACCCCGUCCGCGGGCCCAUGAACGAGGGCGGCCUCUACCCGGAGCGCCUGGGCUGGCACCUCCCCGGCUUCGCGCCCACCGGCUCCUCCUGGAAGCCGGAAACACCCUUGGACGGCCUCUCCAGCGCGGGCAUUCGGUUCUACGUCACCGAUUUCACGCUCAACAUCGACUCGGACCUGGAUGCACCCCUGGGCCUCGAGUUUUCCGCACCCGCGGGCACCAUCGCGCGCGUCAUGUUCUGGAUCAACGGGUACCAGUACGGCAAGUUCGUCCCGCACAUCGGUCCGCAGACGCGGUUCCCUUUCCCGCCGGGCGUGCUCAACAACCGCGGGCGCAACACUCUGGCCGUCAGCCUGUGGGCGCAGACCGACACCGGUGCCAAGCUUGACGGGCUGAAACUGGUGCGUUACGGCCAGUACCAGACGGAUUUCAAGUUCAACCGCGACUGGAGCUAUCUCCAGCCCGGAUGGAAGGACCGACAGGAAUAUGCUUGA